AUAAACAGACCUUAUUCCUGGUAGUACCAUCUGCCAGAAUUUCUCUAAAAUUCACUGGAUUUGAUCUGGGCUAACGAACAGUUGGAGUAAAAUACCCCAAAUCAGUUUUGGGUCAUACAAGACAACAGCAAUGUUGACUUUACAAUUCGGUCAGUGCGGGAAUCAACUGGGAGACGCUGUAUUCAGGAAAAUAACCAAAGACAUCAGCUCAACGAACACCGGCACGUCCUUCGCUGAUAGUUACGAGUACAGCGAAGCUGCAACCUCGAGAUGGUUCGAGGGUACCUCCCAGGACGGACGAAACAUAGGCCGAGUCGUCCUCAUAGACACCGAGAAGAAGGUCAUCAACAAAAUCGUCAAGAAAAAUGAUCAGAACUUCUGUUACCGAUCGAGGAACAUCAUAACUCCUGGGGAUUCUGGUGGAUCGGCGAACAAUUGGGCCUUCGGCUACGUCAGGAAAGGCCCGGAGUUCAAUGGCUCAGUAAUGGAGGCCGUGAGGAGAGAAGUGGAGAGGGCAGAUAGGCUUGACAGCUUUCUCUGCCUGCUCAGCUGUGCUGGAGGCACUGGAUCCGGUCUGGGAAGCUUCAUAACGUCUUCCCUUCGAGAUGAAUUCCCUCUAAAGAACAUUGUCACAGCUCCUGUCCUACCCUUUCCCUCUGGGGAAGUCGCAACUCAGAACUACAAUGCAGUUCUCAGUCUGGCGAAACUUCUUGAGGACUCGGAUCUAGUGAUCGUCCUGGAGAACCAGAAGCUCGACCGAGAGGUUUCACAGAAUCCCAAAGUGAAGAGUGAUUUUCCUGGAGAUCUCAACGACAUCGCGGCUCAGAAGAUCCUGUCGGUCUUCCAGCCAGCAAGGGACUCUUCUGGUCGCUCUAACGAUGUGAAUCACAUCGUCUCCAAGGUCUCCCCUCAUCCAGGAUUUAAAUUAGCAACUGUCGAAGCGAUUCCCCUCAUUCCAGAUACUCAAAACGAGUCGUCAAAUUGCCAGAGAAUUUCCAUGAAUUAUUCAGCCCACUUCAAGGCCCUUAGGAGAGAGAUUUCAAGUCCCUCCGGGGUUAAGAGCCUCUCCAACAUCUUGAUCACAAGAGGAAGCGCCAGACAGAAAGGAAAAAAGAUGUUUGCUCCUGAUGAUGACGAUUCAAUGGCCAUUGAUCAGCUGAUGGAUGGAGGGAUCUACUCGAAAAUCAAGUGGCUGAAGUCCGAUGAGAGAAUCAGUCAUUUUCAUCAGAAGAGAAAUUUCAUCGAAAACGAGAGAUUCAGUUCGGUUAUUUCGAACAACUCGAGGAUUGCUCGACCUCUGGACAAUAUUCUGGCCAGCGCCUGGAGGAUCUACACCCAUGGUGCUUUCCUACAUCAGUACAAGCAACAUGGCCUCGAGGACGAUGACUUUCUUCGGGCGUUUGCUAAGGUCGAGAGUGCAGUCAAGUCUUACAAGUCACUUGAAAUAGAUUGAAGUUAGGGAUAGCUGAUGUUUGCCGAGAUUUUCGUCCCCUCCAAACAUCGUAGUUUUUGAAGCCAACAAAUGAUUUCAUUUGUUGUUCAAUAACAUUGAUGGUAGCGCUUGAUUCACAUCAUCGAUGGUUUUUUAAAAAUAUUGUCCAUCCCUGAUUGAGGGGACUCGCCUACGUAUAUUCGCGUGAUUUCCGCAUUGUCGUCACAGAGUUACGCCACCCUCUCCCGGUAUAAGUGAGCUCGAGAACGGCACUAUCGAUCCAGGGACGAGGGGGUCUUUUCUUUUUCUAGCUUUACUACCCGAUCACCCCACCAACCCAAUUGAGGGAUGUCUUCCCGUUACGUCACGAGAUCGACCCACGCACCCACCCCACCGGUGAUGACGAAGAAGAUGGAAUUAACGGGUUCUUGGAAACCAAGACUUCCCCUUUAGUCAAUUUGUCGCUUUGACCUUGAAGAAAAUAUUGUGGAUAUUUUUUAAUCCUUUUAGGUGAGUUACAGUCUUAAAUUUUUUUUUCUCGUAAAUAAGAGACUUUCAAAGGUCAGAUUUUUUGCGAAAAAGGAAAUAGUAGUCCACUGAAGUUUUUGGAAAUUGAAAAUUACUCAAGAUUUUCCUAAGGCCGAAAUAAUUUUUUUUCCAAAUGAUUGUCUGCUAUAUUUUUGAAAACGUAAAUUUGUUUCUCGAGAAAAAAAAUGGUAUAAAAAUAAUAAAAGAACCAACGAAAAUUCGUUGGAAUUUUUGGCAUACGAAGCAUUUGCCAGGGUGCAAAAUGAUCUACCCUUUCUCGUGGUUUCUAAAAAAUAUAAAUAAUCAGGUAAAAACCAAAUAAAAUACCUGACCCAUAUCAUCCCGCGUCUUUGAACUUGAUUAUUAUCGCACUCUUCCGUGUACAACAACCACAGAAAUUGUUAACCUCAUCCGCAAUCCUUCGACAAAUCCAAAAAUACCAUAGAAUCUAUAAAAAACCUUAUCUGUAUCAGGUUAGCUGACUAGCUUCGUCCCUGGUUUUUCGAUCCUACACCUUGCUCUUCCCCUCCACUCGGUAGCACGCU